AUGUCGCCAUAUACUCCUCGCGACCGAGCCGAAGAAUUAACUAGCCGCUCCCCAGACAGCCCGUCCGCCACGUCCCUCGACCGCCAUAGCGGCGGCGGAAGCGUUCAUGCGGAAGAUUCCGCCGACCGCCUCAUUUUCAGCUCGCAAUGCUACGCGGAACGAUCAAGUAGUAGCAUCGAAAGCGGCGAUGGGGGAAGUCAUCGUGGAAGCGGAAGCGGCCACGGAAGCCCACGCAGUAGCAUUUUCUUGACUCAGCAGCACCGUGAUUUGCAUCGUCAGCAGCAGGGGGGGUUUCCUCCGUCUCUUGCGGCGGAACGGCGGGAUCCGCGGUCGAACCGCGCUGGCGGCGGUGACGGAGCUGUAUAUGCAGCUGAGAUUGAGUACGGCUACGAGCGUUACAGCCAUCCCGGCGCCAAGAGCGGCGCUAUUGCCGCCGGAGGCGGAAACUACAGCCAGGUCGCUCCGCGCGGCGGCAGCGCACACGCGAGCACGUUAGGUAGGCAGAGCUGGAGCCACGAUAACCCCGCUGCGUUUCGCGCUUCGGAAUACACCGUCGCUAGCGGGUACAGAGCCGCCCCCGCCGCCGCCGGAAGCCGCGCUCGGUACAGCAAAGCCAGUGCAGAGACGGGGUCGGCUUCCGACCUUCAAUUUGGCGCGGGAGGGGGAAUGCAAGGCGCGGGGACGUGCGGAACGGAAUUCAACGGCAUCAUCCGGGACGAGUAUCGGACGGCUGAGCGCGGCCACGCGACGAACGACACGGAAAGUUGGUGGAGGGACGGGGACAGGUACGGAAGGGAAGCAGCCUGCGCCGCUGCGGGGAGGGAGGCCGACAUUGGACAAGGAGGAGGAUAUCUUACUGCACAGAUUCCGGAAAACAGUGGAGAGGCUGCUCGGGUUAUGGCCUUGUUGAACGCUGCGGCAGAGUAUGAAGAGGAUCAUGUAGGGCACGCGGGAGGCUAUAACAGUGGUUCAGCAGCUUGCUUGUCAGACGUGGGCCCGCCACCUGCGGAGCUAAUGCUGGUUCCUGUGGUUGUGAUGCUCCUGCUGCUCACGCUCGUCCUCGCGCCCACCGUCUCCUCGCACCCUGCUAGAAGCCACCCUUCCUGA